CCCUUGGUGGAGUUUGGCUUUGGGGAGGAUUUUUUUUGGAGGGGGGAAUAUCCCGGAUUUUUACUUGGCAUCUCUUUCUCUUAGGUAGGGUCCCCCAUUUUCAGGAGACUUCUAUGCCCUGUACUCUCCCCCUGAUUGCCUAAUUCCUACCACUCUCUCCCCAAACCUGUGGCAAGAUUUGGCUUUGGGGAAGGAAUUUUUUGAGGGGGAAUACUCAGGUUUUGAAAAAAAUUUUUUUGUGUGUUCUUUACUCCUUUAAAUAGGAGUCCCUCCCCCACCCUUGCCCUCUGGUUUUCAGGAGUCUCUUAUGCCCUGAACUUAAUUCCCAUCCCACUGCAGAUCAUCUCAUUCCCUUAUCCCCACCCCACCACCCUUCCAUCUCUGAGCAGACCCAGCCUUCCCCUGAUGUCUUGCCAUCAGGAAGUUCAUGAUGUCUCUCCCCACCCUGCUUGCUGUGUUGAAGGCUUAAUUUCAAAAUUUUAAGAGGACAUUGGCAUCUGUCCAUUUAUUCUGAAGUUGUUCCUUGCUUCCCCAUCAAGCCUCAGUUUCCUUGAUGGGAAGAUGGAUCUCAGCUUAGACAGGGGCACACUUGGACAUGGCUUAGGCUCCCAGCUCAGACCAGGACAUUGCCAUGGGAGAAAAAUAGACAUCCGAGGCCCAAACGGGAAGGAGGGACCAGAGAAUCAGAGUUAUAACGGGGAAGUGCAGCCCCCAGCGGGCCUGGACUUAGGGGCAUUCAGCUGUAGGAGGCGGAGGAGGUAUCGAGGCAGAGGAUCCAAUGGACAGCAUGGGUGCCAGCUUCAUUUCCUCACACGCCCUGCUCUGCCUGGGGAGGGGCAGCAAACCUCAACCUUUUCAAGAAUUAGGAGAAAUAAAAAUGUGACAGCUUAGGGAAGGAUAAAACUUCAGAUGUUUUGGCCAAGUGAACUCAAACCUAGCAACAGAUUGGCAUGGCUUGGCAUCACUCACAGGGCAGUCAGCCUGUCUCCCCGCCCCAUCUUGACUGAACUUAGGGGAGCAAAGAUGUGUCUACUCCCAGGCUGGAUGGCAAGUGGGACAGACUGAGUGGCCAAGUACGUGUGGAGGCCAAAAUGGGGCUGAGACAGGAAUGGUGAUGGGGCGGAGGACAAGUGCACUGUGCCCGGGAUAUGCAGAGGCCCUCCCUAGAUGGAGUGUCUUGGUGUUAGAUAGUGUUGGGGUGAUGAAGAGGCGUGAGGCUGGACUUGGUGAGCUCAGUUGUCCCAGGUCAAGGGGUUCUAGGCCUGCCUAUGUCUGCUCUGAUGGAAGAAGGAGGAGAGCUUGAAGGGGACCCUCACCCCAGAACCUUGGAAUUACUGAGAACAGUGGCUGUGCCCCGGAUUUUGUCAUUACUUGAUACUUAGUGAUCACACUUUCCAUUCCCCAUAGCUGAGUCUGAGUCUCCUUUUUAUAAAGUGCAGGGCCAGAGACUUUCAGCAAAUGCCAGAGUCACACAGCAGAGCAGGAUCAGAGGCCAUCAAAGAAACAGAAAUCCUAGGCCUCCCAGACUUGGCUGGGAAUUGAGUCAUGGGAGAACUAAGAGGGCAACGGUGCACAGCUGAGACUGGUGGGGAGAGAUUGUGAAUUUGGAGGGUGACGGGUCAGGAAGCAGGACACUCUCCUCCCCCCACCUUAGAUCAGACCUUUGGCGUGGGGGCCUGGAAAGGACCCUGGGAGACCAGAGACUAGACUCCAAGCUACAGCCCCUCCCCCGCUUCCAUUAGGCUGUCUAACCUCCCUCCCUCCUUCUGCAACCCGAGUCUCCUGCGGAGGGCCGGCGUAUCGGGUGACCGCGGCGACGCAGCCACCAGCCUCCGCCGCUCCUCCGCGGGGCUGCGCCUGCGGGGCCGCGCCGGGGGAGGGGGCAGGAGAGAGGAUGUGCACGGCGGCGCGCUGCGCCGCGCCAGGUGGAGUCGCGGUUACCGAGGCGACCGGGGCCCGGGCCGGCUCGGUGGCGGCUCUCGCAUUGCAGCAAAGGGCACCGACAGCGGCUGCGGCUGCGGAGGCGGCCGGGGGAGGGGAGAGCCCGGGCGGGUGGGAGUAGGGGCCGCCCUCCCUACCCCACCCGACGCGGGACCAGGGGCUAGAGGCCCCGCGCAUACACCUGUGGCCGCAGCAGCCAAACUACUGGAGUUUCAAGACCCGCAGCUCACGCCACACUCAGGGAGCCCAACCCGGGCUGGCAGACCAGGCGGCCAAGCUGUCCUACGCUUCAGCUGAGUCGCUGGAGACCAUGUCGGAAGCUGAGCUGCCUCUGGGCUUCAGUAGGAUGAACCGCUUCCGCCAGAGCCUGCCCCUCUCCCGCUCUGCCAGCCAGACCAAGCUGCGCUCGCCAGGGGUGCUGUUCCUGCAGUUCGGGGAGGAGACUCGGCGCGUGCACAUCACGCACGAGGUCAGCAGCCUGGACACGCUGCAUGCACUCAUCGCGCACAUGUUCCCGCAGAAGCUCACCAUGGGCAUGCUUAAGUCGCCCAACACCGCCAUCCUCAUCAAAGACGAGGCUCGCAACGUCUUCUACGAGCUGGAGGACGUCCGGGACAUCCAGGACCGCAGUAUUAUCAAGAUCUAUAGGAAGGAGCCCCUCUACGCCGCUUUCCCUGGCUCACACCUCACCAACGGGGACCUCCGGAGAGAGAUGGUGUAUGCAUCGCGGGAGUCGUCGCCCACGCGGCGCCUCAAUAACCUGUCACCUGCGCCGCACCUGGCGUCGGGCUCACCGCCACCGGGGCUGCCGUCUGGGCUGCCUUCCGGCUCGCCAUCGCGUUCGCGCCUCUCUUAUGCCGGGGGGCGUCCGCCCUCCUACGCUGGCAGUCCGGUGCACCAUGCGGCGGAGCGGCUGGGAGGCGCCCCCGCCGCCCAGGGAGUCAGCCCCAGUCCCAGCGCCAUCCUGGAGCGGCGCGACGUGAAGCCGGACGAGGACCUGGCGGGCAAGGCAGGCGGCAUGGUGCUGGUGAAAGGCGAAGGCCUAUACGCGGACCCCUACGGGCUGCUCCAUGAGGGCCGGCUGAGUUUGGCGGCGGCCGCUGGCGACCCUUUCGCCUACCCGGGUGCUGGAGGCCUCUACAAGCGCGGCUCAGUGCGCUCGCUCAGCACUUACUCGGCUGCCGCGCUGCAGUCCGACCUGGAGGACUCCCUGUACAAGGCGGCGGGAGGCGGCCCGCUCUAUGGCGACAGCUACGGCUUCCGCCUGCCGCCCUCGUCGCCUCAGAAGCUGGCAGACGUGGCAGCACCACCCGGAGGUCCCCCGCCGCCACACAGCCCCUACUCAGGGCCACCCAGCCGCGGCUCGCCGGUGCGCCAGUCCUUCCGCAAAGACUCGGGCUCUUCGUCCGUCUUCGCAGAGAGCCCCGGAGGCAAGACCCGAAGCGCUGGUGGCUCCUCGACGGCCGGAGCCCCGCCUUCCGAGCUCUUCCCAGGGCCUGGAGAGCGCCCGCUCGUUGGAUUCGGGCCGCCUGUGCCAGCCAAGGACACGGAGACCAGGGAGCGCAUGGAGGCCAUGGAGAAGCAGAUUGCCAGCCUCACAGGCCUGGUGCAGAGUGCCCUACUACGAGGUUCGGAGCCUGAGACCCCCAGCGAGAAGAUUGAAGGCUCCAAUGGAGCAGCCACUCCUUCAGCACUCUGUGGGUCAGGCGGCCGGAGCAGCGGGGCCACCCCUGUGUCCGGCCCUCCUCCACCCUCAGCCAGCAGUACCCCUGCGGGACAGUCCACUGCCAUCAGCCGUUUGCAGAUGCAGCUGCACCUGCGUGGCCUGCAGAACAGCACUAGUGACCUGCGAGGCCAGCUUCAGCAAUUGCGGAAGCUCCAGCUACAGAACCUGGAGUCUUUGCGCGCGCUGCUGAAGGGCACAGAAGCGGAGCUGAGCAUGCGCGUGUCGGAGGCGGCACGGCGGCAUGAGGACCCGCUGCAGCGACAGCGCACCCUGGUGGAGGAGGAGCGGCUGCGCUACCUCAACGACGAGGAGCUCAUUACCCAGCAACUCAAUGACUUGGAGAAGUCAGUGGAGAAGAUCCAGAGGGAUGUGUCCCAUAACCACAGGCUGGUGCCUGGGCCUGAGCUGGAAGAGAAGGCGCUGGUAUUGAAGCAGCUUGGGGAGACGCUGACUGAGCUCAAGGCGCACUUCCCAGCCCUGCAGAGCAAGAUGCGGGUAGUGCUUCGCGUGGAGGUGGAGGCCGUGAAGUUCCUGAAAGAGGAGCCACAGCGCCUGGACGGGCUACUCAAACGCUGCCGUGGGGUCACAGACACGCUGGCUCAGCUCCGAAGGCAAGUGGACGAAGGUGGCUGGCCACCCCCCAACAACCUCCUGAAUCAGUCCCCCAAGAAGGUGACAGCCGAGGCUGACUUCAAUAAGAGCUUGGACUUCGAAAUGCCACCCCCCAGCCCUCCGCUGAACCUCCAUGAGCUGAGUGGGCCAGCUGAGGGAGCUCCUGCUACGCCCAAGGGGGGCAACCCCACCAAAGGCCUGGACGCUCCUGGCAAGAGAAGCGUGGACAAGGCUGUGUCUGUCGAGGCGGCCGAGCGAGACUGGGAGGAGAAGCGGGCGGCCCUGACCCAGUACAGCGCCAAGGACAUCAACCGGCUGCUGGAGGAGACACAGGCGGAGCUGCUGAAGGCCAUUCCUGACCUGGACUGUGCGAGCAAGGCCCACCCAGGCCCGGCCCCCACCCCUGACCACAAGCCCCCCAAGAUCCCCCAUGGCCAGAAGGCAGCCCCCCGAACGGAGCCCAGUGGGAGGAGGGGCUCAGAUGAGCUGACAGUGCCCCGAUACCGCACGGAGAAGCCCUCCAAGUCGCCCCCACCGCCCCCUCCCCGCCGGAGCUUCCCCUCCUCCCAUGGCCUGACCACCACACGCACCGGAGAGGUUGUGGUCACCAGCAAGAAGGACUCAGCUUUCAUCAAGAAGGCCGAGUCUGAGGAGCUGGAGGUACAGAAGCCCCAGGUGAAGCUGCGCCGGACUGUGUCUGAGGUGGCUCGCCCGGCCUCCACACCACCCAUCAUGGCCUCGGCCAUCAAGGACGAGGACGAUGAGGACCGCAUCAUCGCAGAACUAGAGGUGUUUGAGAGAAGCUCAGUGUCUUCCCUCCCCCCCACGCCCUGCCGCCAGCUGAUUCCCACCUUGCUGUCCCCCCAGGACUUGGGGUCCCCUGGGGGCUCAGCCCCAGGCCCCACAUGGAAGAGUGGCGGUGGCAGUGUGCCACCAAUGAAGGUGGUGACUCCAGGAGCCUCUAGGCUGAAGGCGGCCCAGGGCCAGGCAGGCAGCCCUGACAAAAGCAAGCAUGGCAAGCAGAGGGCCGAGUACAUGAGGAUCCAGGCCCAGCAGCAGGCCACUAAACCAUCUAAAGAAAUGAGCGGGUCAAAUGAGACCUCAAGCCCAGUCUCAGAAAAGCCCUCAGCUUCCAGAACCUCUAUCCCCGUAUUGACUUCGUUUGGGGCGAGGAAUUCUUCCAUCUCCUUCUAGGAGACCCCAGACACCUCCAGCCCCGCCUGUCCCCUCCUUCCCUUACCCCAGCCAUUUCUCUCCUUACUCUUCCCUUCAUCUCCACCCCACCCCCACCCCCACCCCAUUCUCCAGACCCUCUGAAGGGUUGCCAAAGAUGUGGCCCUCCUCAGUUCUCUAUACCCAUCCCCUGUUGGUGUUUUUGGUUUUUGAAAUGAUUCACUUUUAAUUAUCUUUUUUUUUAUUAUUAUUAUGAAAAAGCAAGCCAGUAAAACUAAGAACCAAAACACACCAUCUUCCUUUGAUUUCCUGUUCCAAAACGGCCCACUUCCUGUCAUGGUCCCUCCCUUUUCUCUUUCCCCACUCUUCCUCCCAAGUCCAUUUUCAAGUUCCUGCACCCUCCCUUCCCUCCCUGCCUUCCCCGGAACUUCCCAAGAGCACUCCAAACAAACUCUGAGCCAUGGAGACUUGGAGCAGCGAGACAACCCCUCUCCACUUCAUCAAAACCUUCCUGGAGGAAAACCUGGACAUUGGACCAACUCCGCUAUCAGGCUGGAAAAUGGAGCGCAGGGAGGCUCUGGCCCUGGAGGCGCCCCACCUGUCCAGCCUUGGGACGUGACUGAACUCUGCUGCCCCUCUGCUCUCUUCCAUACAUGCCCUGGUGGGCCUGGAGUCAAGAUGGAUGGGCUGGAGAAGGAGGAGGCCGGAGUUUGAGGGCCUCAGGGUGGGGACAGUGUGUGCAAGGCCCUUGAAUUUGUGUGUCCUUGGAGAGGAGUUGGCUUUCUGGGACUCCCUUCUUCCUGUGGCGAGGAGCCACCUGGCCUGCGCCAACGGGAGGAAGGCGCCCUUUUGGACUGUUGGCUGUGGACGAUGGGUUGAGCAGACAGCCUAAUACUGGGGACACUGCCUUGGGAGAGGGCAGCCCGGAGGAGGGGUAUUUGGUACUUUUAGUUUCCUAAUUUAGCACUUUAAAUGACAUUAACUUAUUUAAUGGGUGUGGGUGGGCAAGGAUAAAGGGCCUAGAUAAUUAAAUUUUGAGGCCUGGAGGGUGGGAAGGGUCUUGUGAGGGAAAUGGGGUAAUACAGAGGGGGUUGAUGGGGAGCAGUACUGACUCCAGGGGUGGGGUGACUUUACCGUCAACCAUCCUCUUUGAGAUUUGAGGGUUUUCUGGGGAGGGGUGAACUCUGGUUAAGAUCCUUGAGGGUCCCUGAGGUCUGACCAGCCAGUUAGGGCCGCCCCCAAUCUGUGAAAGCCUGCCUUGCAGUAAGGCUUUUGGCAGGGGGUCCUGAGAUGGGGAGGGAGAGACCAAUUUUGGUUCUCAGCUCUGGCCUCCUAGAGGGCAGAGUGAGGGGCCAGCAGAGAGAUUAUGUGGGUGGGGGAGGAGGAGGAGGAGGCUGGAGCAGGGUCCCCAGGGAGCAGGAUUCCUAUUUGGAGCACAAAGUGGGGUAAGCACAGGGGACAGGGGUUUGGGUUUAAUCUCCCAAGUAAGCACAGAAAGAAGGAGCCAUUGAAGGGGCAGCACCUCAUAGACCCUGGGGCCUGGCAGGAAGGUCCUCUCUUCGGGAAAGUCUGGGGGAGCUAUUGAGGGUUGGGGAGGGAGGGGAAAUUGGGUUGUGUUUCUUCAUUUCUUUCUCUUUUUUUGUUUUGUUUUUGUUAGUUCAUCCUUGUUUUCUAGCUUUGGAUCAUUUUUGUACAAAGGCAAGUAAGCCUUUUUGAAAAAGAACAAAAGAAGAGGAAAAAAAAAAAUCCCUCCCGAAAAAAAAAAAAAACCUGGAAAAUAGAAAAAAAAAAAAAGGACCUCAUAAAUGAUGCAAUUACUUUUAAUUGCAGGCAACUCUUUACAUUUAAGUGAAGUGUCUUAACAUUUUAUAUUGUUUUAAAAAUAUAUUUACAUAUUAUAUAUAUAUAAUAUACGUAAUAUAAAUAUAUAUAAAUAUUUAAAAAAGAAAAAAAAAGAAAACCACGGCGCUCUCUCCCUGGCCACUGUUUUGGCGGGGGAGGGAGGCUGGAGGAUGGAUACAUCAGCCUGGCUUCUGUGGCCCAGUGACAUGGUUCGGUUUGAUUUGGCUGUACAGAGACCCCUGACUUGGGAGGGGAGGGGGGAGUGGUGCCCCCUCCUCCCUCCACUCCAUUACUCUUUGCUUGCUACUUUUCACUUGCUCCCACCUCCCACCCUCAGCCCUGUGACCCGAAAGUGUGCCCCACCGUCAUUGUCCUGAGUUGAAUGUCCCUUUGUAGGGGGAGGAGGAGGUGGGGGAAGUGUCCAUCCAUGAGGGGGCAGAUGGAGGGAGCCCUGAGCCCCACCCCACCCACUCACGUGGAGCCCAGUGGGCUUUGCAUCUUUCUUUCACUUUGGUUCCUGCACAUUUCGGGCUGAGAGGCAUUUGCAUGGAGUUGUAUGCAGCCUGUGUGUGUGCACUGGCACAAGUCCACUUACCUGUGUAUGGAGGGAAGCAUGUGUGUGUACAGGUGUGACCUACUACACGUGUGUGCAGGGAGGUGUGUACGCCUAGGUGCAUGUAACCUGCUUGGGCAUCAGCACGUGCCCACCUGUACAUUGGUGUGGAAGAGCUUUGUGUGUGAGAACGCAUGUAAUGUGUGUGUGCAGAUGUGUGUAGCUGCAAGAGACUUGUAGGUAUAUGGACCACGUGUGGACGGGGUGUAUGUGGAGGUGUGUGUGACCUGUGUGCAUGUGCACAUGGGUGUAGACCCAGGCGUGUGGGAGUGCCUGUGUGUGUUCCAUUGUCCCUGCACCACCUGCUCCAGCUGCCCUCCCGAGCCCCCAUCCCCACGGGCCUCUCAAAGCCCGCAGCACGUCAAUGCCCCCCGCCCAGAUGCAUGCGCCUCGCUGCUCUGUCCAUCAGUGUGUGCUUGACCAAGAGAAAACUAAGUUGUCUGGGGGGGCCCCUGUACCUGGUCCCCCCAGCCCCUGCCCACUGUGCUGUGUUAUUCGCAUGGGGGCUUUCUCUCCCGCCCCUUCCACUAUAUGCUGUUUCCCCAGGAGCCUCAGGCCCAAGGCUCUGAGAGGAGUCCCUGGCGGGGCUCCGCACCCCACCCCCCACCCGUAGGGCCCGUGUUGGUGUAGCAGUGAUGGCUUCUGUGGAUAUUCUGUGACCUCUGUCAGUGUAACUUGACAAUUUCUAAAUGGAAAAGGGUUGCUGUGUUUUCUCUGUCUCUCUUUUUUAAUGUCCUUUUUCUUCUCCCCACUUCCUCUCUCUCUUUCCUUUUUGGUUUUUCUAGCCGCGUGUUUGGGGCUUAAAUAAAACUUGUUUCUUUUUCUUCUCCUGGAUCUCCUUU